CAUUUAUGGUUUAAUGUCAACAGCCUUAAUGAGCACCCUCAGGUUAAGGGAUUUUUUUGUGCAGGAUUUGAAAAUUUCUGACUUCAGCGACCCCUACAGUAGUGGUAAUGUCAAAGCUACAGUAUAGUCACAUGCAUGCAAGAAAUAGUGCCUUUAAACUAUCUUGUAAACCUUUACUAUAAUGGACUAAAUAAUAUAAUUCCGAAUAAAAUCUGAAUAUUGUGAUAUUUUAUUUGUAAGAGUGAGCUGUUCUUUAUAUCUAGGGCAAUGGGUCUCAUGCUAAAACCAUUAGUAGAAACAUAAUUGUUCUUGAGAGGCACUUAGAGGGUGUAAGAAAGCUCACUGCAUUCAACAGUUUUCUCAUACUUUCUCUUUCCGUGGGUAGGAAAAAAAUGUACAAGUGGUCCAGAGCUCUGACGUACUGUACGGAUAGUCUGCCUUUCUCCAGAGGGGGAAAUGCCUUGUUUAACACAAUAAUCAUAAUACCUUUGAUCUGAAUUCAUUUAAAGUUAAAAAUGUUAUUAAAAUCAACUAAAUAAUAACAACAAUAUUCUGUUCACAAUAGCAUCAUCAUCAUGGCUGGGCAAUUCACUGUGAGGUUGAUCAACUUUAUUUUAGAUUGUAUGAUUUUAUUGGCGUCUCUCAGUCCGACAGCUGCCUCGGGGUCUUUAUGCAGGAGCUCUACAGGUGAACAUCCUCCCUUAUUAUAUACAAUAAUAUAAUGUGCAAUACAGGUGGCACUCAUCAGGUGGAAAUUAGCGUUAUAGUGUGAUAUUAUUUAUUUAUUUCCCAGCUAAGAGUUGAAGAGGUGAACGUGACUUGAAACACUCAUACAAACAAGCCUCGCGGAAAAAAGUGAAAGAGUUUCAGGAUAAGAAUACGAUAUAUGACGGCAUUAGUACCUAAACUGACAACUGAGUUCAUGGUAAACUUGGUUCAAACUAAAAGGAGGAGCUAAACUGAGUAUACUACUUAAUCAUGAGUGACGUUUACAUCAUGUUCAAAGACUUGAGAGCUUGAGUUUUAUUUUGAAGGCAAAAUAAUUCUAGUCCGGUCUAGUUUCAUUUCUAGCUGUGGUUGAUGGCACAUGACUUGCCUGGCAGACUUCCUGUAUGAACAUCUGUCUACUGUAACUACUCUGACAGCUGGUCACCUUCCUCUAACUAUCUAGAAGAGAAACAGACACCAAAGUGAGUAAACGGUUCAUUCACCAUCCUUUGCCUACUUCAGCAGACCAGCUGUCCACCAUGAACUCCAUGCUAACCAGCAGCCAGCGGAGAAUCAUCAGCUCCCAGCUGGGAAGAGUCAAACUGCGGCUGCUGUACAAGGCCAGCAUCGAUGGUUUCACCGGCGCAGCCUUUCACCAACGAUGUGACAACCACUCUCCCACUGUGUCUGUGGGCUACAACGCCUCUGGUUAUGUGUUUGGAGGCUUCACCAAACAACCCUUCAGUCAGUCUGGGCUGUUUGUGCGUGAUGACGAGGCCUUUCUUUUCACCUUAAAUGGAGAAAAGCUCCUCAAAUAUCCAGUCACCAGUCCUGCUAAUGCAGUGAGAAUGAUAAGUAACUCUGGUCCAUAUUUUGGAGAAGCGUUGGCUCUUGUCAAUGGAAGCAAAGCAGUAGUGUUUAGCAAUCCAGGAAAUCAUUACAACUUUACUGCUGAAGAAAUGCAUGGCAACGACAUCAACCUGACUGAGUGUGAAGUCUUUGAAGUGGAAGAAACCAGAGAACUUGAGAGGCCAUGGAGGACUAUCAACUGGGAAUCUGAGAAGAGGAAGGAGCUGAUGGAGACUGUUAAGAUGUACAAACCCACAGUCAGCUCUGUGUCCCAGGUUCGGGUCCUGCUCAUUGGACCAGUUGGAGCUGGAAAGUCCAGCUUCUUCAAUUCUAUCAACUCUAUAUUCAAAGGCCACGUCACCAGCCAGGCCAUCGCUGGCUCCUCUUCCACCAGCCUCACCACACAGUUUCGCACCUACUCUUUGAAAGCUGGGCGAGAAGGAAAGCCUCUGCCAAUCAUCUUUUGUGAUACCAUGGGAUUGGAGGAAAGCACGGGGGCGGGGCUUGAUAUAGAUGACAUCAGCAGCAUCCUUAAAGGUCAUCUGCCAGACUGUUAUCAGUUCAACCCCUCUGCUCCUCUGCAUUCGGACGACCACGGCAAUCGCAAGUCUCCAGGGCUCAAAGACAAGAUCCACUGUGUGGCCUACGUCGCUGAUGCCUGCAAGGUCUCCAUCAUGCCCACAAAGCUGGAGGAGAAGCUGAAUGCCAUUCGCAAAAAGGUCAACUUAAUGGGGAUUCCUCAGCUGGUCCUGCUCACUAGAGUAGACGAAGCCUGCCCUUUGGUGACAGAGGAUUUGAGAAACAUUUACAAGAGUGGCUACAUCAAGGAAAUGAUGCAGGAGGUCAGCGCUCGUCUCGGUGUGCCCGUGUCCUGUGUUGUUCCAGUGAAGAACUACAGCGAGGAGUUGGAGUUGGAUCCGAACUGCGACAUCCUGCUGCUCAGCGCCGUCAUCCAGAUGCUUCGUUUUGCAGAUAAUUACUUUGAUGAAAUCAGUGACCGAUUCAGCAACAUGGAAACCAAAGAAUAGGAAGUAUCUGUGCAGCAGAUUUAUAAAACGUUGUCCAACUGUAAUGAAAUAUCCUUCACAAUGA